AUGCCGAGGGUUAAAGUGAAGAUUGCUUACAUCGAGCAGCGUGAAGCAAGGAAAGCCUCUUGGAAGAAAAGGAAGGCUUCUCUGUUUAAAAAGUUGGAGGAGCUAUGCACUUUAUGUGGAACCGAGGGAUGUGCUAUCUUGUAUAACCCAUUUGACCCUACACGUGAGCUGUGGCCCAACUAUGAUGAUGUCAUGAAUGUACUGGGUAAGUUCAUGGCGGAGUCAGAGAUGUCGAGGAGAAAGAAGAUGCUGGAUUUGGAAAGCUACACCAGGGAAAGGAUCAAGAAAGUCAAGGUGAAAAUCAAAAAACAGAACAAGGUGAACCGUGAGUUGGAGCUGACCAUAAUGAUGUUUGAAUGCUUCAGUGGAAAACUCUCGCUGGGUGACUUGAAUCCAAUAGACUUCAAGGAUUUUAUGGAAUUUACUGAUUACAAGAUUUCAGGAAUUGAUGAAAGGAUUCAGUUUCUCAAGACCCAGGCUCCUGCACCACCACCACCAGAGUCACAGAUACCGCAAUUACUGGAUGAGGUUGUGGGUGGUAGUAACACUGCUAACAAUCUGGUGAUGGAGAACCAGCUCGGAGAUUUAGAUGAGAUACAAACUACUACUGAUUGGUACCCCAACAUCAGCUGGUUAGAUACUUGUAAUCUUGUGGAGCAUGACAUGGGGGUUGAAUUGAUGAUACCGUCUUUUGAUAACCUUGAUCCUUUUGGGCAUGGCAUGUCUUCUUCAUAA